CUGAUGCAUUGAAAACACAUACAUAUCGAAACGGUUACGUUACUGUUAACGCGAAAUAAUGAUAAAAUUGCGUUACUCUGUGCGGUGUUCUCUCUGAAUAAAUAAAGAUUCUUUUACUUUUUACCAGUGCGGGCGUGAACGUAAAACUUCCAAGAGACGCCAGUUUAGUAACAAAAUAUGACUGGCUAGGCUUUAAUUUCGAUCAGUCAAAGCCUCGGAAAUAUAUUUUUAUUAAAACAGUAUCCGGCUUGUGUGAGUGAAAUACAUUAUUUUCGACAGUUUAAAAAAAUAACUAAAAUAAGAUAUUUUAUGGGCAAUUUUUUUGAUCUAUUUCUACCAGAAUCCAAUGAAAAAAUCGAAAUCACCCAAAUAAUGUCAUCAGCCAUAUGCCAGAACUUCGUACAAAAUGCUUGGAAAAAAGAAUUAUGUUCAAAUUGCUUUAAAUCGAUAGAUGAACAUCAAGAAAAACCUAAACCAAAACCGAUUAAUUUAAUAUCUAAUGAUAAAGUAUCUGGAAUAAUCAAAAGUAAUAAAAAGGCGAAAACGAAAAACUCUGUAUGCUUUGAUAAAGAUUUAGUAGAAGUAAUAGGUUAUGGCGGUGAAGAUUGGUGUUCAGAUAACGAAGACACUGUAGAUGAUAACGAUAGUAGCGAAGAUGAGAUAGUGGUAGAUUCAGAUGAGGAAUCAUCAAAAGAAUUACAAAGAAUCACAAAGGAAAAUACAGAUUUUAAUACAGUAUCUCUAAAAGAUAUCGAAAUUAAGAAGUCUUACACGCAACUUCUGCUAGGAAAGCCCGUUGUAGAUUCUAGUGGUAAGAAACAAACUUUAUUAGUAUCUGUAACACCUUUUGGUGAAGACUCCACCCCUCAUAUCAAAAAAAUAAACACAAAAACCGUAUCCCAAAUUCCUAGAGCUAAAAGCAAUAAUAAAGAAAUAGUAGCAGAAAAUGAAACUAAUGUUAUACUAACCUCAUACUCCAAGAACGGAGAAUCAAAGGAAGAGAAAUCAUUACUAGAUGAAAUAUCAGAAACUCUAGAAAAUGGCAAGAACCCUAUACAGAUUAUGGUAAAGAAAAAGGCGCAAAAAGAAAUUCUUCUGACAAAUGAGUCUAAUAAAGAAAAUAUCGAAGACCAAACUCAGUCCAUCCAAAAAUCUUUAGUAUCCGAGAAAAAAAUUAAUCUUAGUAGAACUCCAGCUCUAAAAAGAGAUUCAGAAAAACCGGUUAUGUAUCAAACAUCUACAGCUAAAAUAGAGUUAAUGAAUACCAAAAAUAUAAAACUAAAUAAAGACUCUGUUAACACUGCUAAGGUUAAAACUGAUUCCAAGAAUAUAGAAAAAGUUGAUGUAAAUAAUAUAAAAGCAGACAAAAAAGAUAUGCAAACUACUUCGAACUUCAUCAGAGCUGAAAUAUUGCAUUCAAAAUCAGAUUUUUCUGAUACGAAAGACGUUAAAGAUGAAAUAAAUUCUACCGUAGCAAACGCAUUUGAAAACAAAUUACUAGAAGAUAAAGUAACAAGUCUGCCCCCACCUAUUCCUGCAAAAUAUAUUCCUUUCUCUCAAAGUCGCGAUCUGGCCGGCAAACCUGAUGGUAGAGAGGAUCCAGUAUCAAAUGAGACUCCACCUUUACCGAAAACUCCUCCUCCUGUUUUAGAAUCGCAAAGUUCUUUUCUGCAUGGUACUCAACCAUUAUACGAAAAACCUAAAAUUCCCUCCAAACCCACUACAGUUAUGUUGAAAAAAACUCAGGUUAUACAGACAUUCAACAAACUUCCUGAAAACAUACCAUUAAACAGACAAGAUUCUAACGAAUUAGACUCUAAAUGUAAUAAAAGAAAAGCUCCUUUACCUCCAGAGGAAUUAUUAUAUACUCGAAGUACACGCGAACAGUCCAGCGAAGUGGAAGCUAUUUAUGUUUCCGCGGAUCCUUUGCCAAGAAAAUCCCUAUCCACCGAUUGUUUAGCUGUAGACGAUAAACGAAAAGAAAAAAAUAAAGCUAGGUUUUCUUUAAAGAAAUUUUUAAGAAUGGGAUCCCAUAAAGACUUACCUAAGCUCACAACCGAGGUUAGUAUUAAACAUGAUGAAAAUAAGCCUAAGUUGGUCAUAGUUCACCCUAGUGAGUUAAAUGGAACAAAAGUGGAGGUUGUAUCUAAACAACUUUUAGACCAAGUGGAUUACCAGUCCGUAGGUCACGAGUAUAGUACACCUAAUGGUGAAUAUGAAAGUUACCCAAUACCUAAAGCCGCCAAACCACCGCCUCCUCCAAGAAAUCAUCACGAAUAUAAUUCCAAUAAACCAAGUUUGCCGACGCCACCAAAAUCUAUUGAGAUAUUGAACAAACAAAAGCAACUAUCUAGGAAUAACUCUGCAACUAAGCAACAAGAGACUGUAUAUGCCAAUAUAGGCGAGGUUAGGUCUUCUAUUGUACCCAAUAAACCCGUAAGGACGGCUAGUAUGAGAGAGAGGGAAGCUGCUUUACAACAAAAACAAAUGGUGCGAAAACAGAUACACAAUUAUGAACCCCUUAAUGUUAGAAAAGAUGCUACUGAAAAUGUAUAUGAUUAUAUAAACUCAACGAGGUCAUCGUCGCCUGAUAGCGAUUCUAGUCCAGACAAAGGAAGUCCAAAAAGUAAAAAUUUGAGAUUAGGGAAGCGAUCCGAAAGCACUAUUGAUGUUUCUGGGGAAUACUUUAAAUAUGGAAAUAUUCCUAGAAGUAUGUCGUUGACAUAUUGUGGAAGUGAGACUGAAUCUGAAAUAUAUUCGCCUUAUGGAUUCUAUGGAAGCGAGACUGAGGUAACAGAAGAUGACCAUGAUUGGAUCCAACAUGGGCGAACACACAAAUUAAGGUCAAGAAAAGGUAGAAGCAUAGUUCACAAGAAUUUAGAAGACAAUUACGGUGCUGUAGUAGUAGCAAACCACGAAGCUUUGGCUCAAGUACUUGAAAAUAUUCAACAAAUGAACCAUAUCCAACCAGCUCUACGAGGUCUAAAAACGCUCUCAAACCUGAGAUGGACUGAUUUUUCAAUGAAAUCAACGAAUCCUGUCGUAGUAGGUUCCAGGGUGUUCCAUCAGGCAAUGUGGGGAACUCAUAAUGUUACCGUAGCUGUUUCUGCAGGCACCAUAAUCUCAAAUACUAUGUCAUUAGGUACUUUCAAUCUAACUCCGAUAAUCGAAUUUAGCGAUCUUAUUCCGCAAAGCUAUUUAGCAACGUUCGAAACCAUUGAUGACGAUAAUAAGCAGAUACAAGCUACCGCUUGGAUUUUACCUUAUCUUCAAAUAAACACAAUUCAAUCCUACGGCGAUCUAUUAAAGACAAAAACCGAAGAAGAAAGUUGGAAAGGUUCCAAUUUUGUAAUGUUGCAACUUGUUAAUGCUCUUAAAACGUUACAAGCACAAGGGAUCGAAGAAUUGCCUAUGUCUCUCAGUAGUUUUGUUCUUCAUAAAGACAUGGACAAGGAAAGUCAUCACAGGCUGUGCGUUCUUCUAGGAAUGACAGUAGAUUUAGCAUCUAAAUCUCAUCAAGAGAAACAAGGAACACUCUGCAUGUGCGCUUUGAAAGCCUUAAAUUUCUUACAUCCCUCCCCCAAAAUAACCCCUCUUUUACAAUCGCUUCUCAGCCAUGAACGGGCCGUUUCCCUCACUCAAGUAAAAAGCGUAUUAGAAUUUUCCCUGUGGGGGCCUUCAGACGUUUCUCUAGGAAGUACCAUUAAAGAACGAGAACUAGCUUUACAAAGAUGGCUGGAUUUACAGAGGGCGACAGUUUUACACGGUUUGGUGUGUACUAGAGUUCAAUUAACUGUUUACGAAGAAUGCCAUCUGCUGUUUUUGGUUAGAAGCAAUGCACGAAUGAUGUGCGAUGCUUCGUUAUUAAUUGAAUCUAGUAAUCUUAAACAUUCUGUAGGUUUUAAUCAAAGCAGAAUUGAGAAGUGUAUUGGAGCAUAAUAAAUGGGAAAAAGGGGGUACAAGUACAGUGUAUAUAAUAGGUUUAACUAUCGAAUGUAGUAGGUACAUUAUUGAAAUGGAAUAUCUAGGAGCUUAUAUCAUGUAAUUUUAUUGAUUUUUUUUGUGCAAUAUAAUAUGGAAUUAUUUAUUUACCGUACGUAUGUACAUCACAAUAUAAAUUAUAUAAAAUAAUGUAAAAUAAAACAUUAAACAUUCAUCCAAAUAUAAUAAGAUCCUGAUAAACUUUAACAGAGCUGUUGUGAUGUGAUGUCUGAAUGACAUAAAUUUCAAAUUACUUACAGUCCAAAAUCUGUAAAUCAAUCGAGUUAAUUUUAAUGAACAUUCUUGCAAUCGGCUGUAAAUCAUUCAAAGAAUUAAGAUAGUUCGUCCGUCGCUUUCCUAAGAAGGUAAUGUCCCCAUUUGUACAGUGAAUUCGGAUAUCUCUAGCCUGAUUCUACUACCAUGUUUUAAGUGAUAAGUCAAAGCCCGAUGGUUUUUGCAAUUGCCUGUCUUGACCUUGAUCAAGUGUUUUUGAUGUUGAAAGGGUUUGAUAUGUCCAUAUGAAACGUGUUAGCAGUGAUGAGUUGGGAGUGAUGUAACUCGGCACAUGCAGUCAUUGGGUGGGAGAAUAUAUUCAAGCACAUCGUGGCAGUACUCAAUAAUGCUGAAGAUGCACAGGGUUAAAUGUGACCAUCCCAUAUAAUAGCUUACAAUCUGUAGAAAUUGUUUAUGGAAAAAGAGGGUUAUAUUGAACUCCCAAUAAGUGCUUUGGUGUUAUAUUAUGUGACUAAUCGGCGAGCUAUCUUAGCUGCGUACGACUGAAGUCUUUCUUUGCGAAAGUGACUUCCGACGUCCGAGUAUCCCAAGUUUCUUCAAUAUAUCUGGGUAUAACAGCCUUAGUCCAGUCAUCAGAUGUUUGUGCUUGUAUGGUGAGCAUGUCAGAGAUGUACAGAUUAGUUGAAUAACAGUAGGUCAAUCAUUUAGUCCAGGCACAGGUCUUGGUUUAAUUUAAUCUUCAUAUCGUCUAUUCUUACUUCGAAAAGUCCAUUUCUGAGCAUUUCGUCAAUUAAGUUGAUUGAUUUUUUUAUCUCGUGCAGAAUAGAUCCACGACUACAACAGAGGUUUUUGUCAUUAGUAACCUGCUUGAAUGUAUCUGACUGAGAAUGUACAUCUGAUCCCUUAGCUACGUUCAGGACCAACGGUCCAUCGCUCAAGAGUUUUUGAGCAAUUUUGUUAAAUAUUAGUCUCUAGUAGUUUAUAAAUUAUACCCAGCCGAGCGAUUGAGGAAUACCUUAUUGGAUUAUCCUUCGAUUUUCCAGGUUUAAAGAUGGAUAUAAUAUUAUAGGGGACAACAUUAGCUAUUUUCGCGGAACGGAUCCCGAACAUAUUCUGAACGCUAAAGGUAAACCAUACACGCCUACAUAAAAAUUUAAACAAUACAAUAUGCAUUAUAAUUUUUAUAUAAUUUAUAUAAUAUGGUGUAGUGGCGCCAUGUUCAAAUAUAGCGAAAAUAGUCGAACGUCCACAUUAUCGACAUAUUUAAAACGUCCUAAAAACAUCCCAACAAAGACUUUUUAAACAUGUCCUGAGCAGGAAGUCUUACAACCGUCCGUUUUACGUACCAGAACGUUUGGACCAAAGUAAGACAUGAACUGGACGUCUUUAAAUUUUAGUGUGCUAUCUGGGUUUAAAAUUUAAAUAUGUUGCAGAUAUCGACCUGCAGAAUCUUAAAUACAACUUAAAUCUAGCAUUAUUGAAAAAUAUGAGCUGAAAAAUGAAACAAAUAUUAUAUUUUAAAUAAAUGGGAAGUAUAUUGGCACUGAAAAUAUUAUUUUAUACAUGAGCAAACUGCAAACGUAACUAGCUGUAAAAAAUAACUUAAGUAGUUUUUAGAAUGAGUACACAAAUGUGACAAAAUAUUUUUCUCCAAUAUGACCACCCUGUAUCAAUAAACUACAAGGACCUUAAUAAGUUUUUCCACGCAACAUGAAAAAGGAUGACUUUGUGUGGAACAUAUAAAAAAAUAUAUUUCAACGAAGGGUUUUGUGGAAAAACAUUUUAAAUAAAAAUUUGAUUUUUCUUAAAUUAGGAAAAUGAUAAUUUAACACUGUAUAAAUGUAAAAUACAGUUUUAUAGCAAUAAGUAUCACAUAUUCAAGGGAAUGUUAUUGAACAUUAAUAAUAGCAAAAACCCUUUCUUUCUUUGAACUGAACACAAUACGAGAGAGCUUAAAUGGAUUUGAGUCAUUGGACAAAAAGUUUAUAUUCAACACAGGCCUGACUAGAGGGGGGGCAGCCGGGACUAAUUCCCGGGGCCCGGGCUCAAAUGGGGGCCCGGCAGCGGUGGUGUUGUUACUUUCAGAAGUUCGACAGAAGAGGGGGGGAAGUUCUUACUUGAAGACCUUUUUUUUAGAGAUCCAAGUAGGGGAGAAGAAAUUUUAGCUUGAAGACCUUUUUUUUUAGAGAAAUUUAAGGUAGCGGAGGAGAUAUUUUUUGUCGCGGGGUCCGGUCUGGCUCUCGGCGGCCCUGAUUCAACACCCUGUACUACCCCAACGGUUGGUGAUAGGGAGUUGCGGUAACUUUUGAUCAGUAGGUCGAUAUCUACAACAUAUCUAAAUUUCAAAAGAAUCGAUAAUCCAUUUCCCAUAAGAUUUGUGCGGGGUAACUCUGUGUUAUCAUUUUCUCUCUAAUCAAAUUAAUUUAUCCAUUUAAGCAUCGUAAUACAAAAAAUUUAAUUUUUUUUAUUAUGUAGUAAUCUGAGAUAAUUUUAAAUUUGUGUUGUCAGUUUUUUAUUACACAUUUUUUUCAUCCAUUUCAAAAAUUGUUAGUCGUAUAUAGAAAAACUUCUGUUUUUUCAAUUCAAACAAUUGUUAAUAAUUAUAUUUCAUGAUAUUACGCCGCGAUAUGUUUUAAAAACACCCUAAUUUUAAUAAAUUAACAAGCAAGAACAAAAAAAUAUUAAAUUACCAUUGUCUGAACUGUUAAGGAAAUAAAUCUAAUAGUUGAUACUAGGUCACCUCAUUAGCGAAAAAGUUCAUUAUAAUCUUUAAAGACGAACUCACAUCUUUUUGUUUCAAAUCGUUGUAGUUGUAUUUGAAAUAUUAGUAUUUGGUUUCGUCUUUAAAAAUUUUAAACUGUUUAUUGUGUUCCUCGAUGUUUUUUUUUUAUUUUGAUUGUGACUAUACAGAAAAUGAAAAGAUAUGAGUUUCUAAAACAUGUUGUGUAUUUAGAUAAAAAAAAAUUGUGGCCGGUAUAACCAAGGAACUUUUAUUUAUUUCUAAAAAAUUCUACUAUGAUCACGAAAUUAGCCUCUUUAUAAAAUGUUUUAAAUUUAACAGAAUAUUUGAUUUGUUUUCAUUAUUGAAAAUAAUACUACUGCUGGUGUAUAAAAUUUUGACUGUAAAUCCACAAAAAAUCGCUUUGUUUUAGGACAUACAUUUUAAACGACUUACGUCUUCUAGUAAAAAUGCUUAUUCCAAGUAAUAGUUUAUAAAAACGGUAGUUACUAGAUCUUACGGUUCUAACACCUCUAAAAAAAAUAACUAUCCGAAUUUUAUUAGUUUUAAAAGGUCAUAUUGAAAACUAGAUAUAUUUAAAUUGCAUUUGUGCUUCAUUUAUAUUAAAACUACACAAUGAUGAAAAAUACUGAAAAUUAUAAUCAAUAUUGUAAAUUACAACAAAAUAGUACCUACGUCUAAAGCUAGUUGUCAUAGGUUUAAAUUCGAUAAACUUUUAAUAAUAGCAUCUUUUUAUUUUUGUAAUUGAGUCUAAUUUUAUCUAAAAGUAUAUGUCAUAUUUAAAUUUAAUAAAAUAAUCAGUUUCAACAACAAAAUUUACUAUAAAAUUGGGCGUGAUUUUGGACUGGCUAAUUACUGGUAAUUUAUUAUUGUAAUCAUAUUUAAUUCGAAAAUUUAAUGUCUACAAAGUUAUACAGGUGUUCGAAAAGUAAAUCAAUAUUUUUUAAAUAUAACUUUUUCGCAUAUAAAAUAAUAUCAUGGUUUGAUCUUUAAUGGAAUAUUAUAUCUGAGCCAACUAUCUAAAAUACCUAGAUAGUAUGCAUACACUUUAUGCUUUAUAUAAAGCAUAGAACAAAAUUUUACCAUGAAAAGCUAAUAAAUUGGAUUAUGAAAAGGAGACUUUAAUGAAAUUAUAUUCAUUUAUAUUUGUGCAAAAUGUAUCUUAGACAUUUGGUGUCUUUCAGAAGUAUCUAGAAAAUUAUUCUAGGCUCUUAAAACGUAUCUUGUCAACCUUUCAUAGGCUCUUAAAAGGUGUGUUUCAAGAUAAUAAUUGUAGUACAGUUUGUGUUAUUUUCUAAAAGCAUUUUUCCAUAACUCUGGAACACUAAUUGAUCUAUAUCAUUAUAUUAAGAAAUUACUCUAUACAUAAUCAUUAAAUUAUAAAUAAUCUAAAGGUGGCUAUUAUCCUAACAAAAUGUUCUUCAUAUAUAUAUACAGAUAUCUUAUAGGUACUUACAUAAUAAAAAUAAAUAAGAUCCUAAGUUUAUAAAGGUCUAAAAUUUUAUUUUAUUCAUAACUUUUUCUAUGCUUUGGUACUUAGACCCUUUUGAAGUUAAGGUCUUUUGAAUAAUGUUAAUGUAAUUUAAUAUUUGUUUUUCAAAAUUUUAUAUAUUUAUAUAAAAAAGAGACUUUCUCUCUUCCAAAAAUACUGUUUUGAUUUCCCAGUUCGUUAAAUAAUAUCUUGUACAUAAUUCUAAAUUAUUAAAUAUAAAUUAAUAUUAUAAAUGUUAUUCUAAGUAUAGUAAGGAAUCGUCAUCCUCGAGUUUAAACAUGACUUCUUAUACUUAAUUGUUAUAAAAAUAACUUUUAUAUUUUUUAUUAAAACGUGUUAUAAAUUUGUUAAAAUGUAUAUAUUGAAAUAUUGAGUCUCUCUACUGCCAAUUUAAUAAAAAAAAC